AUGGCCGUUCCACCAGCGUCGACUUUCGCCACAGAUGAACGGUUUUAUAUUCAUCUGAGCUCCGAAAAAAACAAGAAAGACCCCUAUCUCGAAGUUGACGAUGGCACCAACAGCGGGACUUUCAUCUCGAAGCUCCCUGACAAGACCAUCAUCACCACGAGCCCGCCAGUUCCAACUGCAGCAACCGAGCUCCACGACGAGGACAAGUGGGUAGAAUGGCUCAAGCAGAUCGAUGAUGCAGCCAACUCCGAGAGCCCGGUGUUGAACAAGACAUUUGGCGAUGCUGCCAAGAACAUCGGAGAGCCCGGCUUUAAUGAUCCAAGGCUGUACCUGGGAUUGAAGGAGUCAGACCAAAUGGAGAUUUCGCUAGUCAAAGCCUGGACAUGGACUGGUCAAGAGGAGAAUUCGAUUCCCGAUAUCUUAAAGGGGCUGCAAGUGACACCGGAUUCCAAACUAGCACCGGGCCAUCGCAACGCGCUGUGGUUUAACCCCGAAGCAUCCUCGCGAGUGACAGUCCGGUUGGUGUUCAACCUCGGCGACUUAGGCACGUUGAACAGUCUUGGCCUCGGUGGCUUGAACAUCAGUUUUACCAAAGCCGACCUUGUGUGUCGGAAGGUCGUGAGUGCUGGGGAAGCAGAGGGAAAAACGGUGCCCGUGACGCAUGGGGACGCAGAAAUCUCGAUUGAUUGUAAAUUCGGUCAAGACUUGGAGCUGCAAGGCAUCAUGGAGUUCACGGAAGAUAUCAUCAGCAUGACUCUUCUAGCCAAGUCCGAGAAUCCCAUCCCAAGAGUCUUGCGCUGGUUGACAGGCGUCCUUGGUUUAAAGGAGGAUGAUCUAGGGACACUCCCGAAACUUUUCAGUCAGGAUCCAUUCAAAGAUGUCCGGUUCCGUCGUAUUAAUAUUGUCGUCGACAAGAAAGAGAUUAAGCCGGUAUCUUUCCAACUGGAUGUGCAGGUGUCAGCACCCAUUGGGCAGGAUCCUGCAUCGGGGAACAAGACGCUUUUCCUACUUUCGUACACCUACAUCUCUUCCAUCGGUGGACUGGGUACACUACGCGGCCAAAAGUCUGGGUACACUCUAUAA